UGUCUGAAAAAUUACCAAGAACGGCAAGAUUGCAGUCCAAAAUCCAAAACAACGCAGCGGUAAACAAGCUCGAAUUGGUAUCCGUUUCAAGUGCUGACAAUCAAAGCGCUUUCAGAAACACACAACACGAAUAAUCUCAACCCACAUUUUUCUUGGUUCUAUUUAGCAAAUCCCAAAACAAAAAGUCAGUUUUUCUCUUCGAAUUUUUCUCCUUUUGUCAGAUCCGAGCUGCUUCUGCAAUUUUAGCUUCUGGGUUUCUGCAUAGUUCAGGUUCAAUUGGUGCACAGUUCAUACAGGGCGACCGCUGUUGCUUUCUUUUUACUGUGUGGAUAGGGUAUGUGGAGAUUAUAUGAUCGGUGCCUAUUGAUUUUUGAGUGAUAUUAAGAUGAGCCGGUCGCCAUCAUUUUCUCUGAAGUCGGAGCCUGCACCAGAAGUUGAUGAAAGAUCUUUGCAGCAAUGGGUGGCUGCAUUUUGCAUCAUCAGGUUUGAUCUCGAGCAGGGUCAGCUGAUUGAAGAGUGUUAUCCUCCUGGCUGUCUUACCCAAAGUGAGGAGCUUGAAGUCUCUUUUAAUUCAUUUCCGGAUUCAGUUUCACAGCAUCAUAAUCGCUCAAGCAUCCAUGAUUGUAUAUUCUUUUUCCGCACCAAAAGAGAGAGAAACCUUCAAGCUUCGAGUGUAGCAUCAACAGAGAUCGUUGAAGUAGUGGAUAAUAAAUUAUCUCCCCAGAAGCCAAUAGGUAAAAGUCACAUCAGCUAUAACUCCCGAUUCUUGUAUGGCUUUGUGUUUAAUAGGCAGAGGCACGACGAGAGACUAAAGCGAGGAGGCGAGCAAAAAUCUGUGGUUAUUCUUUCAUACAGUCCAUACACGAGUGUGUUUAGACCUUUAUUACAAAUUUUGGGGCCGUUGUACUUUGACAUUGGAAGCAAGGCACUUAAUUACAUUGCUGCUUAUGUAUCAAAGUGGCCUACACCCAUGCCGGGUCAACAAAUGGAGCUUCCUAUUGGGAAUGCAUCACUAAAAGUGAAUCUGCCACCUUCUCAUUGUUUGCCGUCAAAUAGUGGACUUUUUGAAGACUCUGCUUCCUCACUUGCUCCUCUUCUCCCCUCAAAUCUCUCAGUUCCUCAGGGCCUAUUUCAUGACUCGGAUCUUUUUGGUACAUUUCGUGGACUUUUAUUGCAACUUUGGAAGCUGUGGGAACUCCUGCUUUUGGGGGAACCCAUCUUAAUAAUAGCACCAACACCUCCGCAAUGUUCUGAAGCUGUUUCUGGUCUAGUUAGUUUGGUUGCCCCACUUCUUUUGAGUGUUGAUUUCAGACCUUACUUUACUAUUCACGACCCGGAGUUUGCCAGUUUAAACUCUCUUCCUCAGGGUUCCUCUUUUCCUCCAAUGAUUUUAGGUGUGACAAACCUUUUCUUCUUAAAGGCACUUCGUAAUAUGCCUCACAUUAUCUCAGUUGGAAAUCCCGCUUCAAAUUCUAUCCGCCACCCUUUUGGUUCUAAGACUGCUGCAGGAACUCCGCCUGGUCAAAAUGUUGCUUUAAAGAGAUUUACUCCUGCAAACUUCUUGAAUGCUGUGAAGUUGAAGAGAGAUGGUCCUCUGUGUCUAAUGACAGAGCAUAAAGAAGCUGUAUGGACGAAUUAUGCUGGACUGACAAAGCCGGAUACAUCUAUCCUGAAUAGACUUAUUGAUGCAGGACUGUCUCCCAGGGUUGAGGAGUCGAUGUCGGUUGUCAACAAUGAUAUACUUCGUCGCCAUUUUUUGGAGUUGACGACUAACUUCUUGGCUCCUUUUGGUCCAUAUUUUAGACCAAAUACACCUUCUGAAACAUCGUCUCCAUUUUCCGAUCCCCCUCCUCUACCCACAUUCAAUGCUGAGGAGUUCCUAGAGAGUUUGUCUGCAAGAGGUCCAGGAAAGUUUUUGUUGAAGCGGAUGAAGUCAAAUUGGCUGGAUCUCUACAGGCAGUUUCUGAAAGGAUACAACUUUCUCCCAUGGUUCAGAAGAAAACGUGCUGUUGCUGAGCAAGAACAAUAUAAAUUGUGGAGGCAAGCUAGAGUGAAGACCAAUAUACACCAGUUGAUAAGUAGAAUGUCAGAAUUGGAAAUUGUUGAUUCCUUCAAUGCAAUUGAGAGGCACCUUCACGGAGAAAUGCAGUAUGGAAGAGUAAAUGAAGAUUCUGAAGCAGUCUGUAACAAGUUAAAGAAAGAUCUGAAAAUAGUGUUCGAUAUGCUGCCAAAAGACAUACAACAGCUUCUGAUUAUGAACCCAGAUAGAGCAUCUCUUCUACAAGAAAUCCAUGAGUAGUAUGGGCUUUCCGAACAUACUCAUCCAUCAGACAGUGUUUUGUGCUUGAGGCAGUCUUCUUGCAGAACUUUGGAAAUGGCAUUCACAAAUCUACCACUCUGUUACUGGUAUUUCGCAAAUUAUUGAUUCUCCUCUGGUAAGUAUCUUCUAAAACUAGUCCCUUUUCUCAAAGCACCAGUUUUUGGAUACCUCUCAUUGUUUGAUUCCUUUAUGGAAUUGUCUAGAUGACAAUGAGGCAAAAACCUCAAGAAAGACAGUUCAAGUCUUCAAGACAACAAAAUCCUGAAAUCUGGUUUUAACAGGUUAGAUGGUGAUAGAAAGAACGUUGUGAAUUCAGAUGUCGGAUAAUUCUCACUAGUCUUUAUUAGGUCACAGACAUGUAAAUACGAGGUCUCGGAUAUAAGUGAAGUAAGCUGUAAAUUCAAAGAGAGUAGCACUCAGGGGAAAUAUCUAUUUUUACCUGCAUGUUAAUCCCAUCAAUUGUGAUAUGAAAACUUAUUGCCUUUAACAUCAUAACUCAUUUUUAUCCUAUGCAAAGGGAAAAUAUAAAACGUUUGAGGUUGUUCUUCAUAGCUACGAGUAUACGCUAGACAAGUGCAUUUAUAAUUGAUACAUUCCCUUUUCUUCACUAUUUUAACUCGAAGUCAUUUCCCCCUUGAGGCUAUUGGCAAUUGUAUCAUAUGCGAAAACACUACAGAAGAUCAACUGAUCAAGUGUUUUACUUGUAAGUUAGGAAUAGAACUGUAAAACAGAUCUAUAGUUUGCUGUUUGUUCGAUGUUAGAAAUUGAUUAGAAAUUGCUCUUACUUUUCGAGCUUGCUUGAUCUCAUCAUCGUUUAGCUGGAGCCUAUCAAGAAAUCUUCUCUGUCUGGUGUUGUUAUUAGAAGGAAAUAUUUAUUCAGAUCCUUCCUAAUUGAUCAUGGUGUCUAUCAAAGCAUCUGUUUCUUGUAUAUGUGUAUGCUGUUUGGUUAUGGUAUUAGUCUUCCAACAAAUUGCUGCUAGUAAUAGUUUUAGUAGUUUUUAC